AUGAAAUAAUCAAGUCUUCAUCCAGAUCCUAGAAAGAAAUAAAUUUUAUUAGAUAUGAUUAACAAGACAGGUUUCCCUGAGAUGAAGUCAGAAAAAGUACUUUAAGCGUAAAUAGAUACCUUACAAUCUGAAUUAUUGUAAAAAGAUUAGGCAUUAAUUUAAAAAGGUAUUUGAGAUUUUCUAUAUAGAUGAAUAAAUUGAUAAAUUAUGUGCUGUAGUCUUUUAGUAUUAAGAAGAAAUAGCUUAAAAAAAUAGAGAAAUAGAAGAACUGCAAUUAAACAAGGCUCAUUUUGAGAUGGAAGUUCAAAACUAUAAUGAAAUGAAAAAUCAUUGCGAUCAUGCAUUGAAACAGUUACAUCAUGUUGAAAUGCAAAUGAGUGAAUUAUAAGAAUAAAACUCAUAACUUAAGAAUCAAGGUAAAACACUUUAUCUAUUAAAAUUAGAAUAAUAACUUUUAUGCUAAAUUUAAGCAUUAUAAAAAAACUCAGAUGCUCUUUUGAGGGAUGCUUUUGAAAGAGAAAAGAAAUAAUUACAUAAAAAAUUACUUGAGAAAACCAAGAUAAUUUAAGAAUUAAAUUGUUAAAUUUAGAAAUAAAAUGAAACAUAGUCUACAAUUCAUUAAUCAAUGAUGAAAAUGAAAGAAGACUAAAAAAGACAAGAACAAACUAUUUAACAAUUAAGAGAAGAAAUAGAAAAUUUGAAAGGUGACGGAGGAAUGUUCGCUAGCCCUUUAAACUAAAUUACAAGUCCUCUAAAUUAGUUAACAAGCCCUUAAGGCUAAAGAUAAGCCAGCUUUAACACUCAUAAAGAUUUCGAUACUCCUAUGAGAUAAUCAUCAUAUACAUAAUAAAAACCAUAAUCAUCUAAUAGUCUCUGCAGUAAUUUUACUAGUUAAGAAAGUAAGAAAAAAAUGAUGGGGAAUUUUAAAAGAUUAACUACUAUGGCUGUAGGUAUGUAUAGCAAUUUACUUGAUUAUUAAUCAUUAUAAAAUGGCUGCAAAUUAGUAAUUUAUCCUAUUAUAAUAGGCAUCUGAAUUGGGUUAAGCUAGAAUCGACUUAACUUAAUAAGUUUCAAGAUCUUCCCUGUUGCAUUAGGAGUAUAAUGACCAUAAUUGA